AUGGCUGCUCUGUCCACUGAACAGACAUUGCAACUACGAACUCAAUUGCAUCAAGCGGUAGUCGCAUGUAACGAUCGCUGCUUGUACCGUUCUGCAAAAUGGGCUGCAGAACUUCUCAAUGCCUUUCCAGACUCAGACCAUCAUCUUGAUUCUACUUACGAUACAGAACCGAACUCGCCGAAUGGCCAAGACGAUUCAUGGUCUAGUUUUCAAUUUUCACAAGACUCGCACGAGGCCCGACUAGAACGGAGAGAGUACCCAAAGUUUCUCAUGGCCAAAUCUUUCUUCGACUGUCGUGAAUUCGAUCGAUGCGCUGCUACUUUACUACCUAGUCUGGUUCCACAACAGCCGGUUACGAGAAAUGCCGCAAAUGCGACAAAUGCUGCCGCAAGGUCCAAGUCGAAACCACCAGUUUCGUUACCGGGCUUACCACAGCUCAGCCAACGUUCUCUUUUUCUUGCCUUGUAUGCAAAGUACAUGGCAGGCGAGAAACGCAAGGAAGAAGACAGUGAGAUGAUUCUAGGCCCCACUGAUGGUUCCGUCACGUUGAACAAAGAGCUCAGCAGGAUAUCCAGCAUCCUUGAUGAGUAUCUCAGCGCUCGAGGUGGUCUCCAAAGUACACACGAAUCACAAGGCUUCUUAGAAUAUCUGUACGGUGUUGUCCUGUUGAAAGGCAAGAAUGAGGCACUUGCAAAGGCGUGGCUUCUCAAGAGUGUCAACCAAUGUCCAUGGAAUUGGGGAGCAUGGCAAGAACUUGCGGACCUGUUGAAUUCGGCCGAGGAGCUCAACGAAAUAACCGAACACCUGCCACAAAAUAUCAUGACCUUCAUGUUCCACAUCUACUGUAGCCAGGAGCUCUUCCAAUCCACGGAAAAGGUCUACAACGAAAUCAACCAGAUUAGCAGCAUUUUUCCCAACUCAGCCUUCUUGCAGACUCAGCGUGCUCUCCUGCAUUAUCAUUCCAAAGAAUUUGAAGAGGCCGAUGGAUUGUUCGCCGACCUUCUCUUGCGGCAGCCUUACCGAUUGGAUUCGAUGGACUCAUACUCAAACAUCCUGUACGUAAUGCCAUCAAGACCAAAGUUGGCACAUCUUGCGUCUGUCGCGUCAGCCAUCGACAAAUUCCGACCGGAGACGUGCUGCAUCAUCGGAAACUAUUAUUCUCAGUGUUCAGAGCACGAAAAGGCGGUCAUGUACUUCAGACGAGCUCUCACUCUGGAUCGCCAAUUUUUGUCAGCGUGGACUCUGAUGGGCCACGAGUACAUCGAGCUCAAGAAUACGCAAGCAGCCAUUGAAAGCUACAGACGAGCUGUGGACGCCAACAGGAAGGAUUACCGAGCGUGGUACGGUCUAGGUCAGGGCUAUGAACUCUUGGACAUGCAUUCCUAUGCUCUGUUCUACUUCCAACGUGCGGUGGCUCUACAGCCAUGGGAUCCGAAGAUGUGGAUGGCCGUGGCCAACUCAUUCGCCAACUGCGGCAGAUUGCAAAAUGCGAUACGGUCAUACAAGCGAGCUUUGGUUGCCGGUAGCUAUCUUGACAAUGGUGGUGGAGCGGUCAGCUUUGCCUCGUCAGCAGAUCCGCUCGCUGGAGCAGUUGGAGGUACACUGGAUCCUGAGAUUCUUUACCAGAUUGCUCUUCUUUACGAGCAGGACAACAACAUGGACGAGGCAUCUGCAUACAUGGAACUUACGCUGGCACAAGAGGAAGGGCCAGACGAGGAAGACCUGCCACCGGGGGCACCACUGUCCAGUGCCGGAGGAGGCAUCGGUAUCACACAAACAACGAGCAAAGCAAGAUUGUGGCUGGCCAAGUGGAGCUUUGUCAAGCAGGAUUGGCAGCGCGCGUCAGAAUUGGCAAAUGAAUUGUGUCAAGAUGGGGUCGAAGUGGAGGAAGCCAAAGCUUUGGUCAGAGAUAUAAGAGCCAGGUUAGAAGCCGAUGGUCACUGA